GGGGGGAACAAAAGGGAAGCAGCUGCUAAACGUCCUGAAGGAGAGACCCACAGAGUCCGUGAGGCCGUCCAGACGGGGACAGACGGGCACCCAGACGCCCGGGGGGCAACUAUCGGGGAGCUGGCCCAGGAGGCCCCCCCCCCGCCCCUGCCGGGGCCAGAGGGCCCAGGGUGGACAGAGCAGGCCACAGACAGGGAGACGGGGCGAGCCAACGGGGAGGGGGCGUCAGCCAGAGAGCCCAGACGGCCAGACAGACGACAGACAGCGCAGAUCCAGGGACACAGACAAGGGCGCGAAGGCGGGGGCCGGGAGAGAAAGGAGAGAGGAGGGGGAGAGGGGUCCUGGUGGCAGGAGGAGGAGCAGGGGGAGGCCAGCAGACAGAGGCCGGCGGCCUUUGAAGAAGGAGCAGCAGCGUCCCCAGGGCUGGGGUCAGGCCAGGUCGCCGGCCGGCGGGGCCGCCUGCAGCAUGAGCGGCUCGGCCCUCCUGAGGAGGAGUUCCAGCCAACGGGGCCUGGAGAAGCUGGUGAGGCUCACCACUCAGUGGAGCGUGGAAGAUGAGGAGGAGGCCGCCCGGGAGCGGCGCCGCCGGGAGAGGGACCGGCAGCUGCGGGCCCAGGACGAGGACAGAGGCGGCCAGUCCCCUGAGCUGCCCGAGCAGGAGACCCUCCUCAGCCUGAAGCCUUCGGAGGCACCUGAACCAGAUGAGGACGAGGGUUUCAGCGACUGGUCCCAGAAGCCAGAGCAGCGGCCACAGGACUGGGGGGCCGGGGAGACCUCCAACUGUGGGGAGCCCCCUUGGGGUGAAAGUCCAGAGGGGCAGCAGGAGGAGGACAGGCCCCACCAGCACGCCUGCGGGAACCAGGAUGGUGAUGAGCAGAGCCCAGCCAGAGUGCCCCUGGAGAAGUUGCACCUGAGCCCUAGCUCGGAGCUCCAGGAGGGGCUGGGAGCAGAAGAGACAGAGCCCAAGAGCCCAGAGGGGACCAUCCAGGGCAGCCUGCGGCCAGCAGAAGCUGAGAAGGCAGAUGAGCAGCACCAGAAAAGCCAGCAGCCCAGGACACCCAGCCCCCUGGACUUGGAGGGCACUACUGAACAGGGCUCGCCUCCCCUGAGCCCCAGCACCAAACUCAUCGACAGAACCGAGUCCCUGAACCGCUCCAUCAGGAAGAGUAACAGUGUGAAGAAGUCCCAGCCAGCUCUGCCCAUCUCCAAGAUUGAUGAGCGGCUGGAGCAAUACACCCAGGCCAUCGAGACUGCUGGCCGGACCCCCAAGCUAGUCCGCCAGCCCUCCAUUGAGCUGCCCAGCAUGGCUGUGGCAAGCACCAAGAGCCGAUGGGAGACAGGAGAGGUGCAGGCUCAGUCCACUGCCAAGGCUGCCUCCUGCAAGGAUAUUGUAGCUGGAGACAUGAGCAAGAAAAGCCUCUGGGAGCAGAAAGGAGGCUCCAAGACAUCAUCGACAAUUAAGCAGAGCACCCCAUCUGGAAAGAGAUACAAGUUCGUGGCCACUGGACAUGGGAAGUAUGAGAAGGUGCUCGUGGAUGAGGGCUCAGUGCCCUAGGCAGUCCUUCCUGCUCUCCUGAGACUACAGGUGAUUCUGGCAGCAGCGUCCACGUCUGCAGGGGAGAGUCCACCAGAUGCCCACCCCAGCCCUGCCAUGAGAGCCACCGUCAUGGCCCGCUUGGCCUGCCCGCACCCCUCCAUCACCCACCACAAUCAUCGCCCCUCUGCUCCUCAACCACCUGACUUCUCUCCCCUCCCACUCUCUAACCGCCCUGCCUCCCACUCUGCCUCGCAUGGCAGGAGCAGGAAAGGGACUAUCACUGGUGAUUGACCCAAGGAGCCAUCCCGCAGAGGCCAAGGGUUCCCAAGGAAGGCCCAGGCUGAGCAGAGAGAGAGAAUACCUGCUGGGGGACCUCCAGGUCAAGAGACAGAGACACCCGUACCACAUUCUCAAGCCCUGCACCCCCCGCCUCCUGCUUGCAACCUCCUCCUUCUAGUGCAAUAAAGUUUGUGUGUUCCAAA